AUGCAGAGCUUACCAGACUCCCGCCCCCAGAGCUUCGACGAGCUGUACGGGCCCCCCGAGAACUAUCUCGAGAUCGAGGUGCGCAACCCCCAAACCCACGGCACAGGCCGGCACAUGUACACGACCUACGAGAUCCUCCUGCGCACCAACAUCCCCGCCUUCAAGCUCAAGUCCUCGUCCGUGCGGCGGCGAUAUUCAGACUUCGAGGCCUUCCGCGACAUCCUCGAGCGCGAGAGCGCGCGCGUCACCAUCCCGCCGCUGCCGGGGAAGGUGUUUACGAACCGGUUUAGCGACGAUGUGAUUGAGCACAGAAGAGAGGGGCUGCAACGAUUUUUGCAGAUCGUGGUUGGGCAUCCGCUGCUGCAGACGGGGAGCAAGGUGCUGGCGGCUUUUGUGCAGGGUAGGUUGGGGCUAGAUUGA